AUGAGUCAAAGCAUAAUUUCUAUGCCCCAUGGUGAUUGGCUUGGAAAUGAUGGAAAUUGGUCAACGAUUCAAGUCGCUAUAGGGUUGGAGAACAUGGGCGUUCAUCUUCUGCCUAGCACCUCGCUAAGUGACAUUUCAGCAGUGCAUGGCAGCGGGUGUUCGAAAUAUUAUCUCCUGUGUGCCGCUAAGCGAGGCGGCGUUUAUCAACCCAGUGCCUCUACAUCAUGGUCGCUCUUAGGACUAUACAGAGUAGGCCUAGAAUAUCUAGGGUUCAAUAUCACAGGCCAGUAUGGCACCGACAACAUGUACAUGAUUGAUGGUGCCAAGGCUAUAACUUUUACGGUUCCUCAUGUUCUCACAUCAACAUUCAGCUCAACCAAUCUGUUUUUGGGAACAUUUGGACUUGGUAUCCAGCAAAGAGAAUUUGGUAACACAACUAUAGACUCAACAUUGACGGGAAUCCUACAAGCAGGCUAUACGUCUAGUUACAGCUACGGCUACACUGCCGGAGCGCACUAUCGCAAUAUUCCAUCAUCGCUUACUAUAGGUGGUUACGACUCAGCAAGACUUAUCCCUCAUGAUAUCGAUUUUGUACUACACCAGGAUGGAUCUCUACAAGCGGAUGUACAUGCAGUCCAGGCUCUACAGCAACGUGGAGCCAAGGGUGUCUCGAUAUCCGACAAUAGUCAGACCUUCUCGGCUCUAAUCGAUAGUACAACUCCAUACUUAUGGCUUCCUGCUCAUGCUUGUAAUGCCAUUGCCGCCAAUUUCAACCUUAUAUACAACGACACGCUCGAACUCUACACCAUUUCAAAUACACAAUAUAGGGACUAUUCGACGUCACUUGAAGAUACUAUUAUGUUCAUUCCCUCGUUUCAACCCUUAGAUAUCCAUUUACCGGAGCUGUCGCCGCCUAUGAUGACCCUGCAGUACCGAGAGGAUACCUACUUCGGCCUCGAGCGCGACCGACAGAGUAGAAGGCUUUCGCCUAGGAGAGGAUACCUACUUCGGCCUCGACGACAAGAACCAAUACCAUCAGUUCUUAACACCCAACUGACAUCACCUCCUAUACCGACAGAGUCUCAACAACAAAACAUCAUUUAUAUUAAGAAGAAGCCAACUCUCCCCGAUCCGAAACUCUUCGAUGGAAAUAGAAGAAACUUCCAAGUGUGGCAGCUAGAAAUGGAAAGCAAGCUUCGAGUUGAUGGGCCAGCACUCGGUAACUCUGCGGACCAGUUCGCUUAUAUCUAUACAAGAUUAGACCAGACUCCCCAGUCUUUAGCAGCUGCUUACUUCAAAAAAGGAGGAAGUAAUGGCAGCCAUAAUCCCGUCGAAUUCAUGGCAUACCUUGUUAGCUGUUAUGGAGAUCGCCACCUCAAACAAAAAGCUCUAAACCGGCUAGAAACAAUGAGGCAGAACAAUAAAGAAAGCUUUGCUGCUUUCCUACCUCGAUUCGAAAGAGAACUAGCAGAUAGUGGAGGAUAUAAUUGGGAUGACGAGAUUAAGAUCAACUCUUUACGACGAGUAAUAAAUCAAGAGAUGGAAGGCCACCUUAUCAGCCAGCUCGCUCUACCGACAGUUUAUCCGGACUUUGUCAAUACUCUACAGAGCUUAGGAGCUAAUAUCGAAGGCUAUCACUUCCGAAACCACAAGCUUCGAUACCAAAGUUCAUACCAACAGAAUCCAUACCCUAAGGAGAGCAACAGUAACUACCACCCAAACCAACCCAGAAGAGAACAGCCCCAACAGAACAACCAGAGUGCUACGGGUAGCAACCAGAUGGAUUGGGAGCCUACAAAGGCCGGAAAGUUAAGAAGCAACAAACAAAGAAAGCAACCUAAGUACGCCCCAGAGUGUUACAAUUGCGGCAACCUUGGCCAUAUCGCUCGAUAUUGCAAGACCAAUAGAAAGGGCAAACAGGAAUCACAGCCUGAAACACGAAUUGCAAAAGGCAAGUCGAAGAAGACACUCUCUCGAGAAGAGGACGACGAUCUAGGCGGUUCAGACGACUCAAAUAGCGAGUAUGAGUCGGGAAACGAGUAG